AUGGCUACAACUAUUCCUCCUGGUUGCCACAAGGACCUGGGAUCCAAAUACUAUAGACUUUGUGAUAUGAAGGAAGCUUGGGGCAUUGUCCUGGAAACACUGGCUGCGUUCGGGGCUGUGACCUCCAUCGCCUUCAUGCUCGCUAUCCUGAUCCUCAUCAGCAAGGUGCAGGACACCAGCAAGCGAAAAAUGCUCCCGACCCAGUUUCUCUUCCUGUUGGGGGUGUUGGGGGUCUUCGGCCUCACCUUUGCCUUCAUCAUCAAACUGGACAAAGAGACUGGGCCCACACGCUUCUUCCUCUUUGGCAUUCUCUUUGCCCUCUGCUUCUCCUGCCUCCUGGCUCAUGCUUUCAACUUGACGAAGCUGGUCCGAGGGAGGCAGCCCCUCUCCUCGCUGAUGAUUCUGGGCCUGGCCUUGGGCUUCAGCCUGGUACAGGAUAUCAUCGCUGUUGAAUACACUGUUCUCACCGUGAGCAGGACCAAUACCAGUAUCUUUUCCGAGCUUUCUUUUUCUCGUCGCAAUGAGGACUUUGUCAUGCUGCUCAUCUACAUCCUUAUCUUGAUGGUGCUGACCUUCCUCACAUCCGCCUCCACCUUCUGUGGAUCCUUCACUGGCUGGAAGAGACAUGGGGCGCACAUCUUCCUCACCACCCUCCUCUCCAUCGCUAUCUGGGUGGCAUGGAUCACCCUCCUUUUGAUUUCUAACCCUGGCCCCAGGUGGGAUGAUACCAUCCUCAGCUCAGCCUUGGUUGCCAAUGGCUGGGUUUUCCUGCUAAUUUAUGUUGUGCCUGAGUUCCUGCUGCUCACCAACCAACAGAACCCCAGGAAUUACCCUGGGGAGGAAGAUUUUUGUAAACCUCAACUCAUGAAGCAGACCACUGGUGUGGAGAACAGAGCCUACUCUCAAGAGGAAAUCACUCAAGGUUUUGAAGAGACAGGAGACACACUCUCUGCCCCUUAUUCCACUCAUUUUCCUCUGCAGAAUCAGAUCCCCCGAAAGGAUUUCUCCAUUCCAAGGGCCCAUAGCCCUUACAGUGACUAUGAAGGAAGGGAAGAGGGCAGCUAA